AUUACUGCCACAUAUUUCUAGGGCGGUGCAGAUAGACUAAAUUAUCACAUUUUUUUGGCACUUCUACAGUCCUUAUAAUGGUGCAAUGACACAUGACUUUAUAAUUAGUACAUUGUUUUCCAAAAAAGUAAAUCAAUUUUUUAAUUUAACGUUAAUGUGCCGCAAUUUAAAAGAGGAAGUAUAUACUAGCUGCUGUAAUCACUACUGUUUUUACUGCUACCACAAUUUAUACAGUUCCAUUGCAACUGAAAUGACAAGCUGGUAACUGACAACUAAGGUUAAGUUUACUGUUUAUAAUUGGUUUUGCUUUUAAAAAACAAAACUGAGUUUUUUUUGAAUUUGUAAUAAGAAACUUUUGAUGAAAACUAACAUUUAAUAUCAAGAUGUUAUCUUCUAUGGUAAAAGAACACCAGGCCAGACAGUCUGCAAGAAAGGAAGCCCAGGAAAUAAAACGAAAAGAGGCUGUCCAAGCAGCAAGUGAAUUAACACAAGCUCUGGUUGACCACUUAAAUGUUGGGGUUGCUCAAGCCUAUUUAAACCAGAAGAAAUUGGAUGCAGAAGCUAAGCAGUUGCAUGUCAGUGCCACAAAUUUCUCUAAACAGACACAACAGUGGGUUAAUUUAAUAGAAUCCUUCAGCAGUUCUUUGAAAGAGUUGGGUGAUGUCGAAAACUGGGCAAAAACUAUAGAAGGAGAUGUAAGAACAAUUACGCAAGCCCUAGAUAUUGUUUAUAAAGCAUCCCAAGAGGCACAAAGCCAGCAAUCAUAAUUGAAAUACAUUACAUCUA